UAACCUUCACUUCCCAUAAUUUUCUCAAACUCUCACUCUUCUUCUUAAUUCUUCUUCUUCUUCUUCUUCUUCUUCUUCUUCUUCUUCUUCUUCUUCUUCUUCGUUGAUCUCUCUAAGUAAUUAUUCUCAUGGAUCCACCACUCAACGAAAUAUACAACACCCUUUUGUAUAAUCAGAUCACAAACACAGGACAAAAUAUUCCCGAUAUAUCCAUAAGCUUCUCUGUCACGGCCGUCGUCGAAGAGGUGGAGCUUCCGGUGAUUGACGUCAGCCGUCUCAUCGAUGGAGCCGAGAAGGAUAGAGAGAAAUGUAAGGAAGAUAUUGCGAGAGCUUCAAGGGAGUGGGGAUUUUUUCAAGUGAUAAACCAUGGAAUGUCAAUGGACGUGUUAGAGAAGAUGAGACAAGAGCAAGUUAGGGUUUUUAGAGAGCCUUUUGGCAAGAAAAGUAAGUCGGAGAAAUUCUCCGCCGGGAGUUACCGGUGGGGAACGCCGUCAGCCACUUGUCUCCGGCAGCUUUCUUGGUCAGAAGCUUUUCAUGUUCCCAUGACAGAUAUUUCAGACAACAAGGACCUCACUAUUCUCAGGAUAGAGAGAAAUGUAAGGAAGAUAUUGCGAGAGCUUCAAGGGAGUGGGGAUUUUUUCAAGUGA